GUUUUCUCUGGAAUUCCAGGUGAAGUAAGAAGUGCGUUAUGCGAUUUUUUCUUUAAGUUUUCGGGAUAUAUAUAGUCGGGCAAAUUCGUUUGAGUGCGUACGAAAGUCAUAAUGAUGAAUGACGAUGUUGCAUUGGGAUUCAUCGACGAUCCAGAUACUCUUGCCAAGCGGAAAAACCAUCCAUAUGCAGUUAUCUUCCACGUGCUCUUCCGCUCUGCAGCACUAGUGAUCUACGUUUUGUCAGAGUUCGUAUUUGGGAUGAGCUUCAUUACAAGUUUCGUCAUUGUAGUACUACUGCUUUCUGCUGAUUUUUGGACUGUCAAAAAUGUGACUGGGCGACUAUUAGUGGGCCUACGAUGGUGGAACUAUGUUGACGACGACGGCGUUUCUCAUUGGCAAUUCGAAACGAGGAAGGGUGAGAACGACCCUUACGUGAACCCGAGUGAAUCCAGUGUUUUCUGGUCAUCGCUGAUCGCCUUCCCGGUCAUGUGGGCCGUGCUGCUUGUCAUUGCUUUAUUCAGGAUCAAUUUUAAAUGGAUGAUGAUCGUGGUGAUAGCGAUUAUGCUCACUGGAGCAAAUUUAUACGGAUACCUGAAAUGCAAAAUGGGCGGCAACGACGCAAGUGUGACGCAGAAAGUAUCAAGUAUGGCGAAGAAUCUGCUACAGCAACAGCUGUUGCAAAAUAUGACAAGAAAAGGUGAAAAGAUGUUUUGGUUGCACCGUGGAGGUUUUAUUGUGGAGUUCUUGAAGCGAUCGACUGGUGGGUUGGAUGACAUUGUCAUGAUGAUGUGUUGGAAAUUGGAGUGGUUUUACUUCAAAUUGCGUUUUCCUUUGUUUCUUGAUCCAUUUGAUAUAAUCCUUACCUCGCUGACUUUGAUGAUUGGGAUCUUCUGUGCAGUUGGGAUGGCGCAGUUCGGUGAAUGGCUGGACAUCGGACGGUUUCCCUCGACCGCUGGAUCUGCUGGCUUGCUUGGCAUCGCUCCCGGGGAAGACAGGACAUCGACCAUCAUCAUCACGCCUACCCCCAACUGUGCCUUGAUCUUUGAUUUGCACUCCAAGACGACUAAAAAGACGUGGGAAAUCCCAGGGAAGUUUGGUCGCCUCUCGUCGCAAGUCGUUUGGUCCCGGAAAUCUCAACGCUAUGCCGCCCUCUGCAACAAAGGCGACUCUCUGCUCAUCUGGCCCGAAGACGCAGAUUCGUUGGAGAAGAAGGGCAAGAACAUUCCGCUUUCUCGUCGGGCCUGGCGUCUUGUGCGCUGCUUGAAGUGUUCAGACGCGGAAUCCUGGGUCGUCUACCAGAACGGCGGAACAGUUCGCGUCAACGAAGUAGUAUCACGUGGCAGUGGCGGUGGUGAUGUCGGUGGCGCCAGUAAUCCAGGUUCAGAUUCGGCAUUGCUCGAUUCUGGCGAAACGAUCGAAGACGCCGCGAUUUUUUGCAACGGGAACCGACACGAAUUGGCGGUGCUGGCUGUGGCGAAGAAAUCGGGCGGGACUCUGUCUUACGCUGUGAGAACUAUUGUUCGGGGUUUGGAGUCUGGGGAGCCGAUGGUGAAGCGGUUUUGCCGCCUUUUCGAAGACCGAGUCGUGGCGGCGGAAACCGUUGGAGGGCAUGUGGGGGACGAGGAAGGGUCGGAUGAGGGGUUUAUUGAUUCGACGGACACGAGAAUGACUGACGACAGUAACGGGUCCGAACGGAUUGCGGUUGAUGCGUUGGGCGGCGGAGAUGCGACACCCGGGGCACUUCUCGCAUCAGCUUUUUGCACGGAGGGAUUUGUUCCUUUCCUAUACACAGUCUGGCAAGAUAAUCAGCUGAGACGUUUGGCAUUGCCAACGGAGGAGACGGAUGCGUGGGUGGGCGAAGGAAAGGUUGCAUCGAUGGAGGUUUUAUUCAAAUUUCCAAAAGCGAAUUUCGGGGUAGAGCCGAAAUUUCGGCCGUCUAUUUGUGCUGUCGACAGGGAGAGGAUCGUCGUGCACUCUGUUGACUCCAACCGUGAAAAUGGUUGCUUCGGGCUGUGGAAUGUGCGCUGGGGAGGAAUGUGUGAGAGCAUAGUGACGACGAAGAUGUUUCAUCCUUUGCCGGAAACGUGUCGAACGACAGGAAGUUGGCGUGUGGGGGCUUACUUUGUUUCAGUGGACGCAUUUUCUGCGAUCAAGAUUUUCCAAGUGAAGCUCUUGAGACCAUCAACUUUGGCCUCCACUAUGGGGCUUGCGCUUGCACCCGUGGCCAAUUCUAAGUUUUGGAAAUCGUCGUCUUUCUCGAUCCCGUUUUCUGGGGAACUGAAGCCGGUGACAGAGUAUGAUUGGACGGAAGAUGAACAGCCCAAGAUGAGCAUGAAUCAUUACGAGCUUGCCGAAUCAGUUGGUGAGAAGACUGUUGCCGCUUACCUGCGCGAAGGCCGCGUGUCAGAACUGGUGGACUGUUUCAGCAGCGAUCAGCUUUUCGUACGCGACUCACUCCUCAUCUCAGCAGUCAACUUCGCAAUCGGGCAAAAAACCAGCUUUGUCAAUUCCUCAAAAAACCGCGGCGCAAACGACGUGUCACUUCCCAAGGACCGUAUCGACACCCUGCGGUUGCAAUUGUUGGCCCACCUCGUGCGACAACCCGUAACCGGCAAAAUCCUUACCCGAAAAUUGAAUGCGUUCCCGGAUGAGAAGAAGUUCAAGCUGCUUAGCGACUUAUUGACCUUGGUGGAGAGACAAGGCACGUUGUGGGACGUGGCAACACCGGGUUCCACAUUGGCGCUUAUUUUUGACUGGAUCAAGGCUGGCUUAGACGUGGCGUUUCCUUCGAGUGCCAUGAGGGGACAGAAGGCUGCUCACGAUUACGAGGAACUGUGGGAGAUGUUUAAUAGAAUCAAGCAACGAUACUCGGAACCGUUGGCAGAAAUACGGCUGUGGGAUGGUCCGAUUGCCGAAGUUCGUCGACGCGCUGCAGAAGCUAAACUGACGAAUAUUGCGGCAGCAAAUUUGAGCAUAGAUCCGUCUGAAGUGGCGAAGAAAUCCGGAAUCGAUGCUAUCCGGGACAGUUUGGCUCAUCGGCCCGGGGAACAGUCGAAAAAGUUGUACCGUGUACGAGUCAUCGCGAACUUUUGGUGACGACUUUGUUACAUGUUUUGUCCGGGCCUCUCGUUUUUCUGUUGAAAUAAAGGCUUCGACUGCCUCCGGAAAAAAAAAAUA